AGUACGAACUGGUACAUACCGCCAACUAUUCCAUCCUGAACAGCUGAUCACUGGUAAAGAAGAUGCUGCAAAUAACUAUGCUCGUGGUCACUACACAAUCGGGAAAGAAAUCAUUGAUCUGGUUUUAGAUAGAAUUCGUAAACUUGCUGAUCAGUGUACUGGUCUGCAGGGAUUUCUCAUCUUUCAUAGUUUUGGUGGUGGUACCGGUUCUGGUUUCACGUCCUUGUUGAUGGAACGUCUAUCAGUAGACUAUGGUAAAAAGUCCAAAUUGGAGUUUGCCGUGUACCCUGCUCCACAGAUUGCUACUGCUGUCGUUGAGCCAUACAACUCGAUCCUGACCACCCACACUACACUGGAACAUUCUGACUGCGCAUUCAUGGUUGACAAUGAGGCUAUCUACGACAUCUGUCGCCGUAAUUUGGACAUCGAGCGUCCAACUUACACCAACUUGAACCGUCUGAUUGGCCAAAUUGUCUCAUCCAUCACUGCCUCCUUGCGAUUUGAUGGUGCCCUCAAUGUUGACUUGACGGAGUUCCAGACCAACUUGGUGCCCUAUCCUCGUAUCCACUUCCCAUUGGCUACCUAUGCCCCUGUGAUUUCAGCCGAGAAGGCUUAUCAUGAGCAGUUGUCAGUCAGUGAAAUAACCAAUGCCUGUUUUGAGCCAGCCAACCAGAUGGUAAAAUGCGAUCCACGUCAUGGCAAGUACAUGGCCUGUUGUAUGUUGUACCGUGGUGAUGUCGUACCAAAGGAUGUCAAUGCCGCCAUUGCUACCAUCAAGACCAAACGUACCAUCCAGUUCGUAGAUUGGUGCCCAACUGGUUUCAAAGUAGGUAUCAACUACCAACCACCAACAGUUGUUCCCGGUGGCGAUUUGGCUAAGGUACAGCGCGCCGUCUGCAUGUUGAGCAACACCACCGCUAUCGCAGAGGCCUGGGCUCGUCUGGAUCACAAGUUUGACUUGAUGUACGCCAAACGUGCUUUCGUGCACUGGUAUGUCGGAGAAGGUAUGGAGGAAGGUGAAUUUUCUGAGGCUCGUGAAGAUCUGGCAGCUCUUGAGAAGGAUUACGAAGAGGUUGGUGUUGACUCCGUCGAUGAAGGAGAAGAGGAGGAAGGUGAAGAAUAUUAAAUCCUGACUAAAGUAACCAGAGAACAAUAAUUGUAAUCAUGUUUAAUAAAUUGUUCAAUUAUUGACACUGCCACUAUAUUCC